ACUGCAUCUCUCGCUCGCUCUCAACUAUAAAUAGCACAACGUAGGAGGAAAAGGGAGCAACAACAACCACAGCCGGGUGAAGCAAAGCUAACGGCGCUUCUCGUAGUUCAAAUGAAGUGUGCGUAAACGGCAAAUAAAAAAAGCUCAAAAUGCAACGGUUAAUGUGCAAGCUCAACUCUGGAAGCAGUUCGUCUGCUGUCCUCAGUCAGUGAAUAGAAAUGGAGCAGAGUGAUGCAACUGAAGCAACUAGUGCCGCCUCUGUCGCACCACCACGACGCCUUCGUAGUCGAGCCCCGCCAAUGCCCCCCGAUGAAGUAAUACGCAAAUCGAUUGCACGCAGCCUCACGCAAAUUGUGGUAAAUAUGCGAAAUGCCGACGGGCAGCGAAAAUGUCUCGAGCUUUUGCAGGCGGAGAGCAACGACAACGUUGAGGGGAAACUGCUGGAACAUUUGGAGCACAUUGAUGAUGCUGGACAACGCAAGCAGACGAAGAAGAAGCAGAAUACACAGAAAACAUAA